AUGCGACUUGCUGGCAGAGCGUCGGAGUCGUUCCUGGCUCCUGAGAUGAGGUUCCGUGCGCCUCCCGAGCAGCGCACGAGCCGAUUUCUUUAUCUCUCGAGGUUCUCCGCACGAGCCGAUGCGGCCGUUUCCCAAACCUUUGCGUUUGAAAGAACCACAACGUAUGAGGUCGUGGUGUGGUUCUUCCAAACGCUCGCCUCCCUUUUCUGGAUCUCUAGCGUCUUUGUGUACGGGGGCUUUGAGGCUGGCGACAUUCUGCAGCUCCUUGCAGCAAUCGCAUGGGUCAUGUCCAACGCGGCAGCACUGCCUAACACCCUGAAGCUGCGUCCUUCUUCAGCCCGCAGCAGAGACGUGGAGUUAGAUGCCGUUUAG